AUGAACGAAACACGGAAAAGAACACACUUACCGAACGAUUCUGCCCAAAAAUCAUCGCAGGCCAAGCGGCAUCGGGCAGAUGAUGGCAAUAACAACCACUCAACGACGGAAGGCAACACGAUUGCCAGCACUCAACCGGAACAACCGGAGAUGGUACGCAAUGGCAAGGUGCUGAAGAUGGUGUUGAAAAAUUUCAUGUGCCAUCGGCAUUUAGAGGUAGUGUUUAACAAGCGCGCUAAUCUAUUGGUCGGUAAGAAUGGCAGUGGGAAAAGUGCCAUACUGGCCGCGGUUACGAUCGGACUCGGUUGCAACGCAGGCCAAACGAACCGGUGCAACAGUUUGAAGGAUUUAAUUAAACACGGCGAAUCGCAGGCCGUGAUCGAGAUCCAUCUCGAAAAUACCUGUUUUGACGCGUACGAAGGGGAACGGUACGGAAGGCGCAUCAUUUGUGAGCGCACAUUAUCUGCGUCCGGAGGUGGAACGUACAAGCUGAAGAACGAGCACGGUCAGGUUGUGUCGACGAGCCGGUCUGAGCUGCUCAAGGUGCUGCACGCGUUCAACAUCCAGGUAGAUAAUCCAAUCUGCGUGCUGAACCAAGAUUUAGCCCGUUCGCUUUUGAAAGAUUCGGACGAAAGCAAACAGUACACCUUCUUCGCGAAAGCGACCCAGAUCGAUAGCAUCAAGCAGAAGCUGAACGAUUGUGCGACGAUUGCCAAACAGGCUCGCAACGUGCUGGCUAUGAAAGAGAAAAGCCUACAGUAUCUGAGCAGAGAGAUUGAGGAGCUGGAGGAAAAGCAGACCAAUCUUGAAUCGGCCGGCAGCUUGAACAAACUGAUGAGCGAACUGCAUGCACAUUUAGCAUGGCGUGUCGCGUUCGAUCAGGAGCAGCAGCUUGCGGCCGUAGAUGAUGAGUUGAAAAAGCUACAAUUAUCGAUCGUGGAGCAGGAGCAUCGGAUAUUAAAUCGGGAAACGUUGGUGACCGAUUCGGAUCGUAUGAUUCAGCGACAUCGGGCCGAUAUCGAGGGCAAAAAGACGGAACACGUGGCGUUAAGGGAAGCGUACGCUUCGGUCCGUGCGAUGCAUCAGGAAGCGGUGGAGAAACAGGCUGCCGUAGAACGGAUUAUACGAAAAGGCACAGAACAGAUCAAAAGGCUGCAAGACGAAAUGAAUCAAAUCGAGCAAGACUUGCUGCAACGGGACGAUAAUGGCCUUAGUCAGGUGGAGCAAAAGAAGAAACAAGUUGAAUCGGAAAAAGCGCUGCUCACCGAACGAAACGAGGAGCUAACGUCGAUGAUUGCGAAUGCCCAGCGUGAGGUGGAUACAAUGUACAGUACGAUGGCCAUACUGAAAGAGGAACAAGAGGACAAGAGAUGCGAAUGGAAGAGCAAACAGAGCGAAACGUCUCGCAUCGAGACACAGCUCGAACAGUUCAAGUCCGCACCGCGCAGCAAGCUGGCCGUGUUUGGGCCCAAUAUGCCCGCGCUGGACGCACGCAUCCGAGAGCUACACCAGCAGGGGAAGUUUUCCGAGCUACCCCGCGGUCCGCUAGGCCAGUACAUUGAGGUGCGGGACAACCGGUGGCGCGGAAUCGUCGAAACCGCACUCGGUGGCUGCCUGUCGGCAUUCUACGUCUCAACGCAGGAAGACUGGCGUACGUUGGAUGCACUGCUAAAAAAGGAAUUUCCCGAGCUGCAGAAUCGAACCAUCUUUACCGGACGAUUUGUGAAAGAGCUGUACGAUGUACGGCGGGGAUGCGUACAGGAGCGGGACGGGACGUAUCUGUUGAUGAACCUAAUCAAGGUGAACGAUGCAGUUGUCAUGAAUCGGUUAAUUGACAGUGCAGCGAUCGACACUAUACUCGUGUCCGAUCAGCAGGCCACCGCGAUCCAGUUGACGAGCGAGAUUGAAAAUGUGCCUCAGAACCUUAGCAAGGUGAUCGUUUUGGAACCGUGCUCGGAGUUUUUCCCACAGCCAAAAUAUCGAUCGUACGGGUUGCAAAAGAAAUCACCGCGCUAUCUACAGGUCAGCAUGGACGAGCUGAAGCGUGACACCGAGCGGCGCAAAGAGAUGUUACAGAGUAAGGGGCUUGAGCUAAAAGCUGCCUACGAAGAGGUGACUAAACGGCUCCAGGAAUUGGAGCGGAACAUACACCAACAACAGCAACACGGACAAAACCUUCAGCGAGAACUUCAGGAAAACGAACAGCAGCUUCAACAGUUGUCCACCGUUGAUUUUGAAGGUGAAAUUGAGGAGGCUACGUUGAAAGUGGAACUCGAAAAAUCCCGUUCAUUAGUUGCCGACCUAAAGCGCGGAAUUCAAGAAGAACAGGCGAAACUGGACGACAUCCGGCGCACGGUACAGCAGCACAAAGAACAGGUGCAGGAGAAGAAAAAUGCCAUCUGCGCGGUUGAGGAGAAAAUUACCAGGAUACAAAAUCUUGUCGAUGAGGAGCACAAGAAACGGCACGAGCUGCAAACAACUCACAAGGCGAAGCGGCAUGCGCUGGAUCGUGCCAACGAAAAUAUGCACCAACGCAAGCAGACCCGGGUGGAGCUACAGGCGACGGUUGAGAAGGCCGUGCAAGAUGCGCUUGCGAUGAGUGCACGGCCACAGCCUGACGAACAGGAACGGAUCGAGUCUGUUGAUCAAUUGAAGAAAAAAAUUCAUUCGACCGAUAAGCGGAUCAGACAGGUGAACGCAACGCAGGAGAAGCUCGAGGACGUGCUCGAGGAGCUGGAAAGCAAAACACGCGAACGGGACGAAGUGAUCCGCUACUCGACGGCACUCCGCAAUAUAACGAUGCUGAUGAACGACAUACGCAAGUCGCGGUUCAAUUACCUAUGCCAGCUUACCUCACACAUGUCCCUGCGUGUGAAGCAUAAGUUUAUGAGAAUAAUGCAAAUUCGUAACUACGUCGGUUCGAUACGAUUCGAUCAGGAGCAGUGCAAGUUGGCCCUCUCGGUUGUACCGCGGGACAGUAAUAUUCAGAACGCAGUAUCGACCACCAAAUCACUGUCCGGUGGUGAACGCUCGUACGCGACCGUUGCCUUUUUGAUUUCGCUCUGGUCGUGCGUGGACACACCGUUCUUCUUUCUGGACGAGUACGAUGUGUUUACUGAUCAGGUAAAUCGGCACACGAUAACGCGCCUGCUGCUGAACGAAGCGAGCAAAAAGCCGGACCGUCAGUUUUGCUUCCUGACGCCGCAGGACAUGAGCGACGUGAAGGCUACGCCGCACUUAACUAUUCAUCGAAUGGAAGAUCCGCAACGAUGCUGA